GGUCUUACUCCAUUACACACAUCUAUCUUCAUGCCUCGGAACUUGGCUCCUCUUCUUUCUAACGAUUAUAGGAAAGGGAGGUUUUGUCUCCAAACCAGGAUGCAUUUCCCUUCCCCUGGGUGCCUCACAAGCAGUAUCCAUGGAGAUGGGCUCAGAGUUCACAGUCAUGUGGCUUGCAGCACUGCUCUACCGAAGCCAGCGCCGUCUUGGGCUUGCUGGGCCCAAGUCGAGACAGGUGGAGCGCACCAGAUUGCGAUUCCUCUGCACUUGAUCCUGCAAUCUACCCUUGAUGAGCCAAUUGUCAAGAUAAGGAUAGACCUGGAUCCCUCAAUGUCUCAGCAUAUGGAGUGCAACGUCACAGAUGGAAAGAUGAAAAUAAGCAUCCUUGAGGUCAAGAGCAGCGUACCACUCUCCCGGAUCCACGGAGGGACUGAUGGAGGCCAGGGAGACCAUGCAGCACUUCAACUUCUUGAGAUAUGUGGUGAGCGGUACCUCGUGAAGGACCUUCUUCCUGGAGAUUGCUGCUGGGAACGUGGAGAUCAGUACCACCCCAGAGAUUGUUUAUGGAGUCUGAGAGAUGAGGAUCUGCACCGUGAAGCCAGUGGAUGGGAAGACGAUCGGUGCCAGGCAUAUGGUGACUGAUAUCUCCCUCAGAGCCACCCAUGUUUAAUGGACGGAGACUACGAACGCAGUGCCGGUGAUCUAGGUCUGCCAAUCGGAGACUGCUGUGGAGACGGAGAUCUCGGUCAUGGACACAGGGAAUUCUGCCUCAGCUCCAGGGACUGAUGGCAUUUGCCAGUCCUCUGGGGGGGCUCUUAUGGCAGGCUUGCCCUUGUAGGGAGCCUUCACCAGAUCCAAUGCCAUGCACGGUGCUGGCAGCGCCAGAAGGGCUCUCUGCUCCCUGGUCACUGGGAGGGCCUGGGAAGACAGUGGCCCAAUAGUUAGUUUGGGUCCUGUGCCAUUCCCAGAGCCGGCCCCAGGGUUUUUGCCACCCCCUUGGACUCAACAAAAUACGUCUGAAGACCAUAUUUUUUCCCUUUGAAAUAUACCAGAGUGUAUCAGAUAUCA